AUGGACUCAACAUACUCCGAAGCUGCUACGCCUAGCUAUGAUGAUCAUAGUAAACAUGUAGCCACACUAUUGGGGUCACAAGGCUAUGACUUUUCUAACACGCUCGACGAGACGUUCUUAGCGAACCAUCCGAAGCUAUCUCGCGAGCAAGUCGGUCAUCUGCGGCAUUUCCAUAAUUUGGCAACUCAACGUGAUGGCGAAUGGCGUCAUAUGGUGUGUCAAAAGCCAGGUCAAGAAUGGCUCGAUGCAUAUCGCUACCAGCUCGCAACUAUGGUAUAUGCCUCAGCAUUGACUCAUUAUCACAGACUGCCACUCCUCAGGUCUGUAUUCAAGGUCUUAAUGGAGAAGCUUAUCCACAAAAUGCUACUACGCGACGUGUGGGGAUACUGGUUUAUGACAAGCCAUAGUGGAAAGCGAAUCGAUCCUGAUCUUACGGAACUGAGAAAGCCCUGGGCAAAUCCAGUCACUAAAGAGAACAUUAUGACGUUAACACUUUUAUGGUACUCCGGUCACCUUCUCCUCAUGGUGUCGUUGUAUACAAUGCUCUUCGAUGACGAUAAAUACAAUGAGAAGGAUGCCUUGGAGUUUAAUUGGGAUCCUAUGUUCUGGGGUAUGGGUCCUGAAAGAUUUUGCUAUACCCGCAAAACUUUACAGAACUCCAUCAUAUCAGAGAUGGAACGGGAAAACUGGCUGGGCGUAUGCUGCGAGCCGAAUAGCAUUUUCAUCAAUUGCAACCAAUUUCCGUUGAUUGCGUUGCACUAUAAUGAUGUCAGAGAUGGCACCUCCGUGUCGCGAGAGGUUAUCGAAAAAUACAAAUUGGCAUGGAAAACGAAGGGCAUGUUUCAGGAUAAUGGGCUCUUUAUCGAAUUCUUAAGUGUAAAGCAAGACCGAAAGCAGCUUUCCGAAGACAUAUGGUCCUCUGCCUGGACUGGUGCAUUCAUGAAUGCUUGGAAUACCUCUGUUGCCCACGAUACCUAUAAGAGCCAGUCUGUGGGUUUUCUCGCUAAACCCAAUUCUGACCAUGUUCUCGUAAGCAACUCGCGGGUAGCAUUCCAGAUUCGGGAGCUUGUCAAGACUGAGGGGGCAGAUCCAAUGGCGCCCUCGACUUAUGCUAAAGCAACCGAGAUGAUUGCCUCCAAGGAACAGACCUCCCAGACUGUAUGGCCGUUAAUACCAUCUGUGUUUGGGUAUGUAGUUCAAUGGGUAUCUGAGUUGGGAGAUCAAGAUACUUUGGAUGGCUUACUCUCUUUUGUCGAUUCUACCUUUAGCCCAACUUGGGACCAGGGGGGUUUAUUUUACCCUUUUCGAACAUCAGCACCUGGAAAUGAUAGCUUACCGAACGUUGAUGCUUUUAGCGGAAAUGCUGGAAUAGCUUAUGGGCGGCUUAAUGUAUUCGAGGGCCAGCGCAAGAUGUAUUCGGAUCCAUGGACAACCUCACAUUUCUCCACAAGUCCAUUCGUGGAUAACGUCGACUUAUCUUGCGGUGUCGACUUCCUUCGGGGAACUUGGGAUGUUAAACGCAAGGCGCUUGCGAUGACAAUACGUUCGUGGGACGGAACGCCCAUAGAACUUCGACCCCGAUUUUCUGGACUUGAGAAGGGGAUUUAUGGGGUUUACCAUAAUAGCGAGCUCUGCGAGAUUUAUAACAUAGAUGACAGGAUGGACACGAUUGAGCUUAGUUUGCAAGUUUCUGGAGCUGAUUAUGACCUUGUUAUUUUGCAAGGAUAA